AGUACCACGAAUAAUACCAGUAUUAUCAUUUAUUUGUUCUAGCUUAGAAUAGACAACUCGAUAGUAAUCAUGCCAUCCUCUGAAGUUUUGCUAAACGCAGAAGUCUUGCUACUAAAGAAUAAAAAUAAAAUAAAUACAGUACUUUUACGGUCAUAUUUGAGGUAUUAUUCUAACAUAAUUUUGCAGGAUGAAACUUGUGCCUUAGGAGUGUAAGGUUAAUAGCUAUUAAAUAUGGUGGAGUUGGAAGAGACGUGGACAGAGAAGAGUUUCUAUGAAAAACCAUUGACUGUGUGGCUUGGAGAGGAAGGGGGUGAUGAGAGAAACUCACCUCCACUAGACAUCUUCACAGCUGCUAGUAUUGGCUGUUAUCAGCGAGUGAGGGAUAUCAUCAUGGAUGACAAGAAUGUCUGUAGCCAUAAGAACCAUGGUGGAUGGACAGCUCUUAUGUAUGCAGCAUAUUAUGCCCACUCUGAUGUGAUCAAUCUGCUGCUGGAGGCUGGUGCACCUGUACACCUCCGCAAUAAUAAUGGCUGCAAUGCUCUCAUGUUGGCAGUAAUGUGUGGGAAUGAUUAUGGUGUGGAGAUUCUUAUAAAGGGAGGCAGCAUCCUAGAAACUCGAGAUAAACGUGACUGGACGGCGCUCUUCCAUGCUGUUAACACUAGUCAUCAUAGUGUUGUGGAAAUGUUGAUUAAAUAUAAAGUUAAUCUCAAUUCAUGUGAGCGAGCAACAGGUAUGACACCCCUGAUGUAUGCUGCACAGCUGGGUGAUACAACGAUGGUGAUGGCAUUGUUACGAGGGGGAGCAGUUGUCUCUCUCACAAACCAUCAAGGACACACAGCAGAUAGGAUUGCUCAAGAUGCCAAAUAUCCUGACACUGCUUCAGCUAUUAUUCAGUGGGGUCUUCAAGGUUUAAAUGGUCCAAGUUUACGAGAUGGUCCAGCUGCAGUAGAAGCAAGGAGAACACAUCAACAGCCCCAAACACUCAGAGGCAGAGGAAGUGCCAUUCCAUCAGUUAAUGAUGCUAACGUUCAACCAACAGAUCUUGAGACUUUGUUGGAUCAAAUAGGACUCAGUUCAUAUAUAAGUGUCUUCCGGGAGCAGGUUGUGGACCUCCAAAUCUUUCUUACACUGACAGAUCAAGAACUAAAGGAAUGUGGCAUUCAAAAACUUGGUCCUCGCCGGAAGAUGACAUCAGCAAUUGCCCGCUGGCAUAGUAAUGCUCCUCUAAGGAGUACUGUUGAGUGUGCUUAUGCUGAUAAGUUGGAGGUAGAGAUGCAGGAAUUGGGAGUAAAGCUAACAGAAGCUAGUCAGACUAUACAACAAACAAAGACUCAAGUAAGCCAGGAAAAUGACCUACGUGUUGUGACAGAAGGUUGGGUAGUAGAGGCUCGUGGACGCCUACAUGAAUGCCACCAACGAUGUCAGGUACUCAUGGAACAAGUGACUGCACUUCGUCAUUGUACCUCCGCCCUGUCCGCACAGCCCUCACUUGUUCAGUCUCCCCUCAUGCAGUCUACUCUAAUAUCUACAAUUGUUGAUUCACUGACUCUCAUUGCAGCUCAAGUUGACACCCUCUUGGCAUUAACAGACCCCAGUGUUCCCCGUGGUCCCAGUAACCCCUCUUCACCACGUAAGCAAGGGUAUGGUAGCCAUCUCGGCACACCUCGAUUAUGAUUAGAUUAUCCUUUAAUAUGAUGAUAAUAAUUUCCAUUCUUCAUAAUUGAUAAAAAUAAUGAGCGAUGUUUACUGAAGUUCAAUUAGAAAAUUUGUCAUACACUAUGCUGUUAUACAGUACUGUACAUGUCAUACUGUAAAGUACGUCCUGUUAAGCUCCCCUUUGGGUAAAAGUGAAGUAAUUAAGAUUAUAUGUUUAUCCUUUAAAAUAUAUUUUAUAUAGUUUACCUUUUUUUAAAUUUCUUAGCCAGUAUUUUUGGCUGCAAAAGAAAUUUCAUGUAAAAUUUGGUAAUGAUAGAUGGCCCAUAUAUUUGUUAUUAUAAGGUGUUAUAUGUUACUCCAGGACACACACUCAUAGGAAACAAUUGGGAAGACUUUCUCCCAGUGAUGGAUAUAUUCUUUCUGACAAAGGGCAAAUAGUCAUGGGAAACCAAGGGUCUUGAAUUCUUUAUGAAAAUAGUAUACAGAGUACAAAUUUUAAGGCCAAUAUUUUUACCCUUGUAAGAAACUUGACAGUUCUGUGUAUUUAUUAACUGGCAUUAAACUUGAAUAAAGUUGGUUUUGUGGUGUAAUAUAAAUGUUGUUCUUUGCUAGUCAGUAGCAUUUUUGGAUUGUCAUAAGUACAGUAUUUUAGUACACUGUAUAUUAAGUACAGUACUGUAUAUAGAUAAUAUUGUUUUACAGGGGUUCCAGUUCCUCUUCCCAUGUAUAAUCGAGAAAAAAUAUUUUUAUAUUGUUCACUAAAAGUGUCUUAUAGCUUUGUGACAACACAACGUUUCUUUAACCUCUAUAAUGUAAGAUUACUUUAUAUUGUGAAUAACAGUUAAAAAGCAAGAUGAAUUCUGAUGCAGCUGAAGAUGCCUUUAUAGUAAGGAAGUUGUUCAUUAGAUUAUAUGUUUACACUGGUUAUUUUUCCUAAUGAUGUCCUUAUUUGGACAGAUAGUCAAGUCACCUUGCAAUGGAUCACUAACAGUAAAUCUAAUAGCUUGUAUAAUUUUUUUUGGGAAAUCAGGGGGCUGAAAUCCACAAGGAGUUGCCAGACUUAAAAUUGCAUUAAGUGAGUACAAAAGAAAAUCCAGCAGGUUAUUUGACUAGAGUAAUGAAUAGAUAAGCUAGUGAAUAAUGAAUUAUGGUGCCACAGACCAGAGUAGUUGAGAGAUGAAAAUUAUGUUACUUAGUUGCCAGUUGUGCAGUUACUCACAUACAAGAACUGCUCUUCAACUGUGAAGAUUACAGCACCCUUAACAAAUUAUUAAGAGUGAGGGACAGAGUAAUAAAUUGAGACUGACUGCCUCUGUCAUUGAAGUUAACUCUCUAGAUUACUGGAUUAAGGUCAUACAAAGAUGUAUUUUCUGUGGAAUAUGAAAUGUUAGUAGCAGGUACUGUAAAUACACAGCCUGAUGAAGGGUCAAAUGAACCACACACCACUAAACAAACUAGUUUAAUAAACAAUCUUAUAUUAUUUA